AAGAUACGAUGGAUCAAGUUACGAGUUAUUCGCCCUGCUGGGUCCGCGGCGGCAGGCUCGAGGAAAUAGUUUGGAUCGGCAGGGACGUGCUCGCCUGGUGCACCGGCCUGUACAUCGUGUUCUUUCACGUCGUCAAGAAGCAGCAAACGCUACAUUGGUGUUGGAACGAUGCGACCGGCGACGGUGCUCGCUGCAUAUCCGGUCACGUGUCCGCGCCGAUCUUCGCCUUCUCCGAGAGAUCGCUGAAGCCGCGUAUCCUCGUCCUCGAGUAUCCCUCGAUGACGAGAGUCUGCGAGUGCGUCGGCGGUUGCGACAGCGGCUACUUGGCGACCGCGUUCACGCCGGACAAUUAUCUCGUGUCGCUAGGCUCCCACCCGAACUUCCCGAUGAUCGUGUGGUGCUGGAGAACGGGGAAGAAGAUCGCGACGGUCAACACGUCUAUACGCGACGGGGUUGGUCAGACAAUCAGGAUAACGCUUAUGGGACGCACCGUCAUCGGUCAAAUGGGAAAGACCUGCGGAAAGUUGCUCACCUGGGAGCUCGACGUCGUCGAUAAAAUUAUUAUCUUAAAAGAUCACGAGGUGAAACUGCCAGGAGACGCUGUAAUUCGCGGGAUCGAUUGGUGCCCGACCAAUCGGUCGCCGAACGACCCGCUGUUGGCCAUAACCGACGCGGACGGUCACGUGUAUCUGAGCAACUACGACGGCACCAACGUUCUCCGCGUCGUUUUCUCGCAACGUUGCGGAAUCUGCGUGGACAUCGAGGCGCCGAUCGUGCACUGGUUUCGCGACGGUAUCAUCCUCAAGACGACCUUCUGUCAGAUUCGUUACUUCAAGAAAGAGCCGACGACUGACGUCUGGCGCAAGCAAUGGUACGUCAAGUCGACCCACAAACCCCACAUCCUGGUCGCGCAUCCCUCUAAAAAUUGGCUCUUCUACUACACUCUCGAGGGCUACCUGAUGCAGAUGGUGUUCCCCGAGGAUGAAAGCGCGCGCGUGAUGCCGUCGGUUCAUAGGUAUCUGCAUCACGGCGGUAAAUACCGCUUUGUCGACUUCUUGUAUCCUUGGUGCCAUCAUCUCGUGGCGACAGAUGAUCUCAAGGAAUUGACAAUCUUCGAGAGCUACAGCGGCAGCGAGAUCGCCAGAGUGGAGCUCGAUAUAGAAGGCAGUAUAUCGGCUCAAGCCUCGCAUCCGGAUGAUCCGCUGAUUGUCGUUGUUAGUGAUCACGGUGAGAUGAUAAUUCUGGGUGUCACCGAUCCAGAGCAACCAACGAUACUGGCGUACUUUCGUCUCCAGAUGAAACUCUUGGAUCUCAUAAAAUUUUCCCACUCCGGCAAAUUUUUGAUCGUCGCGCAGAAGGAGACAGGCAAUUGCUAUUGCGUGAACCUGCGACGCGACACGCCGUGGCAGGUGAUGGCCCAGGUGCAGGUGAAGGGUCGUUUCGCCGACGUGAUGCUGUACGACGACGAGACGCGCGGCAGCCUGAAGGUGCUCGUGCUUUACGCCAGGUACGAGCCGUUUCGCUCGGUGGGUCAGCAGUUGCUUGUGUACGACGUGCCAUACCUCCUCACCGGCGCGGAUCAUCGUCUAAUCACCGAGACCGUCAACGACGUAACGCUGCCCGCGCUCUUUUACGAAUUGUGUCACGCGCCUGACGAUCCUUGGCUGCUAAUCGGCUCGCCUUAUCUCGAACGGCAAUUGUACACGCUGAAGCUGCGACGCAACUUCGAGGGCGCGACCUUAACGGAAGCGGCGCCGACGGGCCAUCACGUGCGGCUCGCUCGCGUCUUCGCCGAUCAUCAUUGGAUCGUCACGUGCGCCUACGACGGAUUGGUCGUUAUUCGCGACAGAACGAUACGGCAGAUCGUCGACGCGGUGCCGGUGCAUCACAGACUCGACUCGGGUAGCCGAAAGAUCGUCGUUAAUCCCGACGGUGAUACGGUGGUCGCCCUCGGCCAUGACGGUUCUUUAGUCGCGACACGCAUUCGUCAUGAGAGUGAAAAAGUGUUACAGGAGAGUAAACCGUCACUGGCCGUUACUGAAACCAAAAGUGUCUACCCAGUGGAUUAUGAAUGGUAUGAAAAGCGAAAGGAAAAUAUACUCUUGGAUUACGCUUCUCUGGACCAGGCGAUCCGUGCCUCGUUGACCCGAGCCAGAACAGAUUUCCCGGCUGCCGGUGAGAAAGAAUUUGCUACCUGGGAAGAAUGGCAGCAAAACGUGCAGCUGCAAGAAGAAGCGAGAUUCUACGCCAAGGAGAAGGCCGCCAUUACGAAGAAUCUGGAGGCCUUGAAGACCACCGUCAGACAGCUCCUCGACGCCAACGAGACCUGUUCGGAGAUGGAGAGGUUGCCGGUGUCCGCGUUCGACCUGAAUAGAGCAGGCCGCGAGCAAAAGCUGAAGACGGCCAGGGACGAGCGUGAAGACGCCCGCAUGGAGCUCGAACAUAUCUGCACCUCGAUGGAGCGCGUAGUCGGCUGGAUGAAGGCGGCCUUCUGGGACCCGCAGGUCGUGUUGGGUCGCUCGAUAUUCUCCUUCCGCGAUGACACGGAGGUGACGAAUUAUCCGCUGAUGAAGGAGGAUCCGUACUUCAAGGAGCACCUGCGAUGGGCGCAGUUCUCCAAGGACUCGGUGCGCAGCACCGUUUGCGACACCUUCCAGCCGUGGCACAGCUACACGGACGAUCAGCUGCAUGCGGAGCUGAGUAAAUCCGUCCGGGUGUAUCGCGAGGAAGAGAGGCGCAGGAUGGACCUGCUUCUGAAAGAGGAAGGGCGCGAGAUCGAUCCUGAGGAACUAGCGAAGCUGCGGGCGGUCGAUGGCAUGACAACGCAUCGGUUCGUCGAGCAAUCGCCUUACUAUUACUCGCAGAUGGAGUCUUACGGGUUCGCGCACGUGAUGCUGGACAAUUGUUAUCUGAUGCACGACUACAGUAAGCUCUAUGCCUACUUCAAUGGGCUCUUCGACGACAUGUACGCGACGAAGGAGCGAGAAGCGAACGUGAUACGAGAGAGGAACGAGCGGAUACGUCAUAUAGACUCCGAGCUGAGGAUAAUGUUCGGUCAGAGCGUGCCGGAGGUUCCUGUUGAUCCGCAGUGGCAUCCCAAGGAGAAAGUAGAGAGCAUUAUUCAAGUGCUCCACGACGAGGUCAAGGCGAAGCCGUACGUGUCGCCGUCGCAGCAGGACAUCCUGGAUAGGCAAAAAGCGGAAGCCGAACAAAUCAGAAAAUUGUUAUUGGCCGACGAUUUUCGCGAGCGCGCCCUGAUGAAGAUGAUGGACGGUAUGCUGGAGAUUCGUUGGGAGGACACCAUCAAGAUAGACGUGCGCAAGCCUCUGUGCAUGCUGGAGAAACAGCCGGAACAGUAUACGUCUGACGAUAUCCUCGUCGUAAAGAAGUACGAAGCGGAUGUGGAGACUCUUCGGCAGGAACGUGAGCGUUACAGGAGGAUGCUCGAGGCUGAUUACGCGAAGAUCAACGGACUUCUGCAGGAAGGCAUCGACAAGUUCGACGCCAAGUUGGAUGAAUUAUUUCAGCUAAAGCUAAGAGUCGAAGCGGCGAUGAAUCAACUGAAGCUACGGUACAUUCGCGGCUGUUUGCGUAACCUCGCGCGAAUCGAGGCUGUAAAAGAGGACGAUAGGGUGAAACAAGAGAUAUCCAAGAAGCGCCGAUAUGAAAACACGCUGGAGGAACACGCGCAGAAGCUGCACGCCGUCUAUCAGGAUAUGCUCACGCAACACGACGCGCUCUGCACUCGUGAGAAGACGUUGGUGAAGAAGUUCCAGCAUGAAUUUGCCGCAUUGUCGAGGGUCAACGUCGAGCUCCUCGAGCGGCAGUACAAGCGAAGACCGAAGGUAUCCUUGAAGAACUCCAUUGCCAUCAGCGAUCUGUUCAAUCUCGCGAAGUAUCUUGUGGACCGUAUCGAGCCGGCUUACUUCCCGGCCGAAUGCGCGGAUUACUCGAAGAUCUUGGACGGUCUGGACGCACGACCCACCGGACUGCCGCAGCAGAUCGACUCGAGUCACUGGGACCACCUGACGCAAUUGCGCCGCCAAAAGAUCAACGUCGAGCUGAAGAUCAGGGCUCGGCAACUGGAGAUAGCCGCGGCAGAGCGUACGAUCGCCGUGUUCGAGAGUAAAAUCAACGCGUGUAAGUCGAGCGUGGCUCUCUUCAAGGAUCGGUUCAGGACAACGAGGGACGAACGGAUAACGUGCGAGCAGGACGCGGAGGUGCAGCUAGUGCUGAAGAGGGGCCAAGUCGAGCUCGAGCUGCGCGGCGAACGGCGCGACGCGGCGGAUGCUGUUUUGGUGCCGCGCGAGGAGAUCGAGAGGGUCAACGAGCACAUCCGUGUCGCGGGUGCGCGCAAGCUGAACGCACUGAAGCGCACGAUCGACUUCCGCCACGGGAUGCUGUCGAUCGAGUGGGAGCAUCGUUGCCUGAGAACGCGCUUCAAGGAGCUGGAGGAGGAUCUGCAUUUCAUAAGGGACGUCACGGCCACCCGGGACAUGCGAACCUACCUGAAGAGAAAGACGAAGGGGCUGCGCGACGAUAAAACUGCGGUACAUCUCGAGAGGGAGAUCGAUACCGCGAGAAAAUCUCUGGAUAAAACUUUGUCCAAGGAGAUGAAUAAACUCGAGAAACUUCGGCAGAGGAUCACCAGCAUAAAGAGAAAAAACGCCGAACUCGAUCGGACGAUCACCGAGAUGAAUGUGGCGAGGUGGGAAUUGGAGUAUCAGCGCGACGUUAUCGGAGAGAUAAGGCAAUACGAGCAUAUGGACUGGCAGAUGCGUCUCUUCAGGCAGCGAUCCGACCUAAUCAGGAAGCUCCAGGACAAUUACGCUGAGCUCUUGACGUUGCAGACUGAGCAUGAGUUGUUGCGGCUACGAACGUAUCCCACAUUGUAUUUCCGGACGUUGGACAAUAAGGACGAAGUGUGCCAAUAA